UAUUCGGAUGUUCGCCGUGUUGUGGCACGUAAUGGAAGAAGAAGCAGCACAAGAAGCGAGACAUGGAAGACGCAGAGGCUGAUUGAUGAAGCUGAGUUCCAAAUAACACAAAAAGACUGGACAAAUCGGAUGCUAAGUGUUGCAAGCACUAUCCAGGAAUACACACAUGACGAUAUAGCGGAUCUUAUCAAUCAACAUCGUGGCGAGAAGGAAAGUGGCGAAGAAAUAACAGCUGAUCAAAGUUUUGAAAUAAUAGGAUUACUAUACUGCAGUACCCAUUUAUCGGUACUUAUCUGA